AUGGCCAUACGCCUGAUCACACGGCCUCGAAGAGGCGGCUUGCCAGCCCGCCUGACGGAAGGCUGGAAGACUUGGAAGCCGCAGUGCAGUCCCAUCCGCACUCCAUUGAGGAUGCUGGGCUCCGAGCCUGAGCCUGGGCCGGCGAAGCGUCGCCGUCAGGAGAAACUCCAGGUCGGCCUUGUGGGCCUCGGUUCCAUCGGCACGAUCGUCGCCGAGGCCCUGACUGGCCCGCGACAGUCGCUGCCCGGAGCGGCCUUGGCAGCUGUGCUCACUCAGAGGCUGCGUGAUGUUCGUCCACCAGAAGUGGGGUCUCAGGCGCUGCUGACGACAGACGUGGAGGCAUUCCUCGGCUCUGACUGGUCUCUGUGUGUGGAAGCGGCCGGCCAGCCUUGGGUGCGAGAGAACGGCAGACGAGUCCUGGCCGAGGGCCGGGACCUCUUGGUGACCUCUGUGGGCGUCUUCACAGAGGAUGCGCUGCUGGAGGACUUCACCUCCGUGGCUGCAAAGUCUGGAUCGCGGCUGUUGCUCCCCGCUGGCGCAAUGCCAGGCAUGGACUGGAUGUCCAGUGCAGCACUGGACGAGGUGGACGAGGUGACGAUCGAGCAGCGGAAGCGACCAGAGGGCUGGCGUGGCACGCCGGCUGAGAGCAGCGUGGACUUAGACAGUCUGCAGACAGCCGCCGUGGUCUUUGAAGGACCCGCGCGAGAAGCUGCAAGCCAGUUCCCAAAGAAUGCCAACAUUGCUGCGGCACUGGCGCUUGCAACAGUUGGUCUGGACAGGCUGAACGUCCGAUUGGUUGCCGAUCCUACAGUGUCUGGCCCAACAAAUCGUGUCAUGCUGCGGGGCGGCUGUGGCCAGAUAAACCUAGAGGUGAAAGGGACACCGCUUAGUCAAAGAACUUCGCGAGUCGUGCCCUUCUCUGUCCUGAAGGCGUUGAAGAAUCUGUCGUCUCCGGUUGAGGAUGACCGUAGUGUCACUUGUGCCUCCAUUGUGGGCAACUUUCUGAUCUACGCUCACUCCAACGGUCGUUUGCAGUACUAUUCACUGGUAGAUGGCCAGGAGGUCAAUGAGUACAAGCACUCGAACGGAAUUCGGAAGUGCUAUCCCAAUCACGAGGGAACUCGGGUUGCCUUGAUUGACAACUCCGGCAAUGCCUGGUUGUACAAUCCGGUCAACGAUGAUUGUAUUCCCAUCGCCGACUUCCCCAACACCGCUGAUCGCAUCCUGUGGGACAGUUCGGUUGCUGGCCUUCAGGCUCACAGGCCUUUCUACCAGAGCCAUGGCUGGCCGAAAGGGAACUACCGGACAUUGCUCACGAUGGAGUAUAAGUUACAGCGCGAGUGGGAACCCCGGUGGGGCUUCUUCAAGGCUCCAAAACGCCGGCUGCGCUCCGAGAUGCGAAAGGAGGCCGCAGAGGCCGCUCAGGCCGAGGCCCUGAAGAAAACGGCCUCAGCGCCGUCCCUGCAAAGUGCGGGGCAGGAGGUUCUAAACUCCGGGAGCAAGCCUGCUGCCAGCUGGCCACCUCCUCGACCGGAGGAGGACAUAGAGUUCAUCAACGACCGCCAUCGGCUGAUGCACCGCCACAGGCUGUUGCCUCAGCAGCGAUAUGCUGCGGCUGCCGCCUCCACCGCUUUUGUGACCCCAGCCGGCAAGGCGCCAAGCGCCCCAGCUCUGCGCGGUGCCAGGGCCCAGGCACAGUCCCAGGGCCUCUCGUCGACCACCGUGCUGGGAGCCGGUGCAGGCGUCGCCUUGGGAGCUCUAGCUGCAAAGAGUCAGCGCCCGACCACGCGCAGCACCGUGGUGGUGCGUGCUUUCGAAAACGAGCUUGGUGUGCAAGCUCCCGUCGGUUUCUGGGAUCCAGCAGGGUUCACCUCUGACGGUGAUGCACUCGAAUUCAAGCGCCGCCGUGUCGUUGAGCUCAAGCACGGUCGCGUGUCCAUGCUCGCCUGCACUGGCUACAUCGUGCAGGAGUUCUUUAGAUUCCCAGGAUUCCUUUCUCCGUCCACAGAUCUCAAGUUCUCCGACGUGCCCAAUGGUUUGGCAGCGGUGACGAAGGUCCCUGCAGUCGGAUGGUUCCAGUAUACCGUCUUCUGUGGCAUCUGCGACCUUUGGUUGUGCCACCAGGCAGCAAGCAACCCUCCGGGCAAGUUGACCACUCGCCUCUUUGGCGAUGAAGCAUUGAAUUACGAGUAUGGCUUCCUGGGCAUCCCCACUUACCUGGGCGGCCAGGCCAUCAGCGAUCCUGAGCUUCGUCAGAAGAAGCUCAAUGCCGAGCUUGCAAAUGGUCGCCUGGCCAUGAUGGCCAUCAUUGGCAUGUUUUUCCAGGACGGACUCACAGGCUCGGCCUGGGGCGAUUGGGCGAACUACGUCGACUCCCCUCUGCGAGCCUUCGAGAAUGAACUCGGUGUGCAGGCACCCCUGGGUUACUUCGACCCGCUCGGUCUCUCCAAGGACGGUGAUGUUGAAACUUUCCGGCGCCGCAGAGAGUCCGAGAUCAAGAAUGGUCGAGUCGCCAUGUUUGCCACGAUGGGAUAUAUAGUUCCAGAAUACUUCAAGUUCCCGGGCUACUUGGCGCCAUCUUCGAAUCUGAAAUUUGCGGAUGUGCCCAACGGACUCGGCGCAAUCACCAAGGUGCCUGCCGAGGGCUGGCUGCAGUGGGUCGCCCUCUGCGGCUGCUACGAGCUUUGCGUCAACCAGCCAGUGGACCCUGCAGACCCUGGCAACUACGGCAAGGGCAAGCUGGGUUAUGGUAACAUGGUCCUUGGCAUCACGGCUGAGCCUAUGGCAGACGACGAGGCACGCACGCGUGGAAGAAACUCCGAGCUUGCCAACGGUCGCCUGGCGAUGAUGGCCAUUGUCGGCCUUUGGGUCCAGAACGGGCUGUUCGGCACUCCAUAUGGACUGUACACCGGCUCCAGCGCGUUCGAGAACGAGCUCGGAGUGCAAGCUCCUGCCGGUUUCUGGGACCCGCUCGGGUUUACCAAGGGUGGCGAUGCCGCCUCCUUCCGCCGCCGGCGAUACGUGGAACUGAAACAUGGCAGAGUAGCCAUGCUGGCCUGUUUGGGAUACAUUGUGCCAGAGUACUACCGAUGGCCCGGUGACCUCUCCCCUUCUUUGGGCCUGAAGUUCACCGAUGUCCCCACGGGCUUCGCAGCCUUCAGCAAGGUGCCGCUGUCCGGCUGGGCACAGAUGGUUGCGUUCGCUGGUUCCGUCGAACUCUUUCAGUAUGUCGACGAUCCCCAGAGGGCCCCUGGUGACUUCGAGAAUGCCGGGUACCUGGGCAUCCCAAACGGCUUUGUGAAGUCCCCUGAGGGUACCAAGGAGAAGAAGCUUUCCGCAGAGAUCGCCAACGGCCGCUUGGCCAUGAUGGCCAUCAUCGGCAUGUUCUUCCAGAACGGGCUCACGGGCUCGGCCUGGGGCGAUUGGGCGAACUACGUUGACUCCCCUCUGCGAGCCUUCGAGAAUGAACUCGGUGUGCAGGCACCCCUGGGUUACUUCGACCCGCUCGGUCUCUCCAAGGACGGUGAUGUUGAAACUUUCCGGCGCCGCAGAGAGUCCGAGAUCAAGAAUGGUCGAGUCGCCAUGUUUGCCACGAUGGGAUAUAUAGUUCCAGAAUACUUCAAGUUCCCGGGCUACUUGGCGCCAUCUUCGAAUCUGAAAUUUGCGGAUGUGCCCAACGGACUCGGCGCAAUCACCAAGGUGCCUGCCGAGGGCUGGCUGCAGUGGGUCGCCCUCUGCGGCUGCUACGAGCUUUGCGUCAACCAGCCAGUGGACCCUGCAGACCCUGGCAACUACGGCAAGGGCAAGCUGGGUUAUGGUAACAUGGUCCUUGGCAUCACGGCUGAGCCUAUGGCAGACGACGAGGCACGCACGCGUGGAAGAAACUCCGAGCUUGCCAACGGUCGCCUGGCGAUGAUGGCCAUUGUCGGCCUUUGGGUCCAGAACGGGCUGUUCGGCACUCCAUAUGGACUGUACACCGGCUCCAGCGCGUUCGAGAACGAGCUCGGAGUGCAAGCUCCUGCCGGUUUCUGGGACCCGCUCGGGUUUACCAAGGGUGGCGAUGCCGCCUCCUUCCGCCGCCGGCGAUACGUGGAACUGAAACAUGGCAGAGUAGCCAUGCUGGCCUGUUUGGGAUACAUUGUGCCAGAGUACUACCGAUGGCCCGGUGACCUCUCCCCUUCUUUGGGCCUGAAGUUCACCGAUGUCCCCACGGGCUUCGCAGCCUUCAGCAAGGUGCCGCUGUCCGGCUGGGCACAGAUGGUUGCGUUCGCUGGUUCCGUCGAACUCUUUCAGUAUGUCGACGAUCCCCAGAGGGCCCCUGGUGACUUCGAGAAUGCCGGGUACCUGGGCAUCCCAAACGGCUUUGUGAAGUCCCCUGAGGGUACCAAGGAGAAGAAGCUUUCCGCAGAGAUCGCCAACGGCCGCUUGGCCAUGAUGGCCAUCAUUGGCAUGUUCUUCCAGAACGGUCUGACCGGCACGGCAUGGGGCGACUGGUCGGUUUACACUGACUCUCCACUUAGAGCUCUGAGCGCUGCGCAGGAGCUGAUCGUGGGAACGGGCGGCCCCUUUCAGGACAGCUUCUGGGACCCUGCCGGCAUCACCGCAAGGUCAACGGAAAAGGAAGUCCUGCAGCUGCGUGCCAUCGAGCUCAAGCAUGGGCGCGUUGCAAUGCUCGCUGUGCUGCACUGGUUCCAUGUGUCGGCGGGAUACCACCUCCUGGGUGACUAUGCGAUUGGAGAGAAGAUGUCGAACAAUCCGCUUGUCAACAUGACGCAGCUUCCAAUGGGCGGUAUGUGGCAGGUCGUGUUCACCAUUAUGUGCCUGGAGUGGGUGACAACCUACAUCUGCAAGCCGCCGGCAGACCGACCUUGGGAUGUCCUCGGCUGGAAGGGCAUCAUCGACGAGAGCUAUGAUUCCAAGAUCUGGAACAGAUGGCAGGACGUCCAGUGCCAGGAGUUGAAUAACGGACGCCUCGCCAUGAUUGCGAUUACUGGCUUGGUGGCACAGGAUGUGGUCACCGGUGAGUACUUCGAAGGAAUCGGACAGCUGUGCUUCGGAGCGCAGGUAUGCAAGGAUGCGACGCAAAUCAGCUACGAGGCAUGGGAAGUGCCUCCGAUUGCCUACGAAGAGGCUUUCAAGUACUCCUGGUCUAUUGGUCCAUCAUUCAGCGUGUGA